AUGAAGCGAUUAUUCACCUGCUGGAGAAGCAGGAGUGGCAGAGGCGCUUCAGGAGCGCCCCAGCCAGGACCGCGCCCCAGCAGGAGUUUCAAGAAACUCAGCAAAGCUAUCUCCGUGGGCGAUUUGGAGAAGGUGAAGGAGUAUGUCAGUGUCAGGCAGUAUGAUGUGAAUAUGCGGGACCGAGAACUCAGAACACCUUUGCACCUGGCCUGUGCUAAUGGACGUUCAAGUGUUAUGCCACAGUUAAUCGACAAAAAAUGCAAAAAGAAUGCCAGGGAACGUGAAAAAAUAUCUCCAAUCACUGAGACAGUACAGUGUAAAAAGGAGAUUUGUGCUGCUAUUCUUUUGCACUAUGGUGCUGACCCAAAUCUGAUGGAUUUAAAUGGCAAUACUGCUCUUCACUAUGCUGUCUGUGGUGAAAAGACCUCAUUAGUUGAAAAAUUGCUAGAAUAUAAAGCAAAUCUUGAAGUUCAAAAUAAGGAUGGUUAUACUCCACUUUUACUUGCCAUUACUGAAAAUAAUGCAAAAAUGGUAGAGUUUCUUCUGAAGAGAGGGGCAAAUGUAAAUGCUUCAGAUAAGAACCAAAGAACUGCUCUCAUGAUUGCACUAAUUUAUGAACCAGAAACUUUAGUGAGUCUUCUUCUGAAGCAGGAUGUAGACCUGUCUUGCCAAGAUAUUUUUGGUUUCACGGCUGAAGAAUAUGCUUCUUUUAACGGUUUGAGUAUAUACCAUCAAUUAAUUUCUAAUUAUGCAAAGAAGAAGAAUUCCAAGCAGAUAUCUAACUCUAGAAAUACAACUUUUCACAACGAACAUGCUAUAGACGAACUGGAAUAA